AUGUGGAUCACAAGACUCUUCGGGCUGGUUGCCCUCGUCGUCGUUGUCACUGGCGAGAUAUGUCAAGACUGCUUGAAUGAUGCCCAAAUCGCGAGCAACCUCACGAUACUGGAGCCAUUAGAUAAGUUGUUGGUCGCUGGAAAACCACAGCCGCCGCCACCUUCACCACGACCUCCGCCUCCACCGCCACCAGCAAGGGUCCUUCCAGCAGAUGACCAAGUUUGGGGAAAAUGCAGAGAAAAGGGAUGUAUGCUCUCAUGGGCAAUGCGCUACGAAGACAGCCAAGUAGGAACCUAUUACGUUCCGCCCCGCCCUACAGCAGCGUCGCCGUACCAGAGUCUGAGUGACCUUGCGAAGUGGUUUUGGUUUCGGUGGCCCCAGGCCAACAUAAGGGAGGAAUAUUUCGACUUGAACCGGGCUUGGGGCAUCGGCCAUGCACUCGAAGAACUUGGAGUUAAUCCGUAUGCAGAUGAAUACGAGGGAGGCGAGAACCGGGUUCACAGUGUUGACCACAAACUACCGCCCGAUAACCCCUACUUCGAUAUUCCUGUCGCUGACCAGAAGUACAAGGUCAACGACAAGACGUACAGGGCCACAGCUGCUAGCUUUUCCUUUUCACUGAAUCCGAAAGACGGUGUCAUCAUUGCUCUGAACCGAGAGAGCCCCAAAGCAACGGGAAAACAACAGGAACCACCAGUUCCAGAUGACCAGAUGCCGGAACUUACCCAGUUCUCUGAUGUGGCGUGGCUGAGUUGGGAUGAUAUGGUCAAAGAACAGAAUGGCGAUCUCAAAAACAUUCGAUAUCUCAUCUCCGUUUUGGUCGUCAAUAGGGAGACGGUCUCAGUCGUACUGAGAGCAUCGGAAAACAGGGGAUGGGGAGUCGACGAUUGGCCAGGUCAUAUAUUCGAAGACGGGUCGCCAGAGAUGCAUGCAAUCAUGGCUAAGUCUCUCUCACUUCCCAACUGUUGGUUCUUUCCUGUAAAUACUCUCCAGCAACUAUCACUCGAAAAUAUGCAGAUCAUAGGGUUCCUUGGGCCGGCUGCCCUCGUUGUUGCCGUCGCCGGCGAAAUUUGUCAAAAAUGCUCAAGCGAAGGUGCAGGCUCCGUCGAUCUCAAGAUACUGGGGGCGCCAGAUGCAAAUUCAUUCGUUAUCGCAUCGAAGCCAGAUGAAGUUUUUGUCGCCGCCGGAAAGGGACCAAAACUAGCGACAGAUGAAGUCUGGGAUAGUUGCAAACAAAAAGGGUGUAUAAUCGAAUGGUCGAUGCACCACGAUAGCAACCAAGUUGGACCUCAUUUUGUACCCCCACAGAUAAAUGCAGAAUCUCCAUUCCAGACCGGGGAAGAUCUCAAAACGUGGUAUUGGCACGAACGCCCAGAUAGCGAGAUGGGCAACGAGGAUGAUAGCCAAUUACGCGAUGAUUGGGGCCUUGACGAUGCAUUAGACGGGCUUGGACUUUCCUCGUAUACGUACCUGCACGAGGGUGGCAAAAAUCGAAUCCUCAGCAUGGCCCACGUCGACCCUCACGGCUGGUCUACAGCCGACCAACAGACAUACCAAGUCAACGGCCAAACUUAUCGGGCUACCGGUGCUGAUUAUACGGUGUCGUUUAAUACAGGGGAGGGUGUUAUCAUUGGCUUAAGUCGCGAGGGCCCUGCGAGGGCCGCUCACCGUCGAUAUCCGGAGAUUCCAGCAGCUCAAAUGCCCAGACUCCAUCAGUUCUCUGACGUGGGCUGGCUCACAUGGCAAGAGAUGACAAAGAAGGACGGCCAUGAUGCCAAAAAUCUUCGAUAUCUGUUCUCUGUCUCCAUUGAAAACGAAACAACCCUGUCAGUGUGCCACAGAGUAUUCGUCAACAACAAGUACAAGAACAAACCCUGGCCAGGGCUUACAUUGGAAGCCGGUACGGAUGACUUUCACGCCAUCUUAGGUACUCCGAACAUGCAAGGUCUGUAUACCCAAGUCGGACAGUACAGGAUGGCGUCUCAGGCAGGAAUCAAGAAGAUCAAGGUCAAGAACCCGGUGGUGGAGCUGGACGGUGAUGAGAUGACCAGGAUCAUCUGGCAGGUCAUCAAAGACAAAUUCAUCCACCCAUACCUUGACAUCGACCUCAAGUACUACGAUCUUGGUCUGCCAUACCGUGACGAGACCAACGACCAGGUUACCCUCGAUGCUGCCGAGGCUAUCAAGAAGUACUCUGUCGGUGUAAAAUGCGCGACAAUUACUCCAGAUGAACAGCGCGUCGAGGAGUUCAAGCUCAAGAAGAUGUGGCUGUCGCCAAACGGCACCAUCCGAAACAUCCUAGGAGGUACCGUUUUCCGCGCGCCCAUUGUCAUCCCCACCAUCCCUCGUCUUGUUCCCGGCUGGAAGCAGCCCAUCAUCAUCGGCCGUCACGCUUUCGGCGACCAAUACCGCGCCAAAGACCGCGUUAUCCCCGGCGAAGGCACACUUGAGAUGGUCUUCACACCCAAGGGCGGCAAGCCUGAGGUCAUCAAGGUCUACGACUUCCCUGCCGAGGGUGGUGUCGCGCAGACCCAGUACAACACUACCGAGUCUAUUGCCGGUUUCGCACACGCUUCUUUCAAGAUGGCCUUGGACAAGAAGCUACCUCUGUACAUGAGCACCAAGAACACCAUUCUCAAGGCAUACGACGGAAAGUUCAAGGAUGUCUUCCAAGAAAUCUACGAAAGCCAGUACAAGAAGGACUUUGAGGCCGCCAACAUCUGGUACGAGCACCGCUUGAUUGACGACAUGGUCGCCCAGAUGAUCAAGAGCGAGGGUGGCUACGUUAUGGCCUUGAAGAACUACGAUGGAGACGUCCAAUCCGACAUCGUCGCCCAAGGUUUCGGCUCCCUCGGCCUUAUGACCUCCACUCUCAUCACCCCUGACGGCAAGACAUUCGAAGCUGAAGCGGCGCACGGCACCGUCACCCGCCACUUCCGCGAACACCAGAAGGGCAACGAGACCUCCACCAACCCCAUCGCCUCCAUCUUUGCCUGGACACAAGGUCUGGCCAAGCGCGGUGAGCUAGACAACACACCUGAGCUCGUCGUUUUCGCCGAGCAGCUUGAGAAGGCUUGCGUGGACACUGUGGAUGUCGACAAGAUCAUGACUAAGGAUCUGGCCCUUGCGUGCGGAAAGAAGGACCGGGGCUCUUGGGUCACUACCAACGAAUACCUUGAUGCGGUCGAGAGGAGAUUGAAGUCGAGCUUGAAGGAGAAGUUGUAG